AUGCUACAUUCAAAGAAGGUUUCUAUUAAACUUUGUGAUGAAAAGCAGCAAAUCGCCCGUCCCUCACAAGAAGAAAAAGUAGAAGAAAAAGAAGAAGAUAAAGCAGAAAAAACAGAAAAAAAAGAAGACGAAAAGAAAGAUGAAGAAGAAAAAGAUGAGAAAGAGGACUCCAAAGACAAUACCAAGGAAAAGGAUAAGAAUGAAGGUAUAACAGAAGAAACUGAAGAGAGAGAGCAGGCCACGCCCCGGGGGCGAAAGACUGCCAACAGCCAAGGCCGCAGAAAGGGUCGAAUAACCAGGUCCAUGACAAACGAAGCUGCAGCUGCUAGUGCUGCGGCUGCAGCAGCCACUGAAGAGCCACCACCACCUCUGCCACCACCACCAGAACCCAUUUCUGCAGAGCCUGUGGAGACCUCUCGAUGGACAGAAGAAGAAAUGGAAGUUGCUAAAAAAGGCCUGGUAGAACAUGGUCGUAACUGGGCAGCAAUUGCCAAAAUGGUGGGAACUAAAAGUGAAGCACAGUGUAAAAACUUCUAUUUUAACUAUAAGAGGCGACACAAUCUUGACAACCUCUUGCAACAACAUAAGCAGAAAACUUCACGAAAACCUCGUGAAGAGAGAGAUGUAUCUCAGUGUGAAAGUGUGGCUUCCACUGUUUCUGCUCAGGAAGAUGAAGAUAUUGAAGCCUCCAAUGAAGAAGAAAAUCCAGAAGAUAGUGAAGGUGCUGAAAAUAGUUCUGAUACAGAAAGUGCUCCUUCUCCUUCACCAGUUGAAGCUGUCAAGCCCAGUGAAGACAGCAAUGAAAAUGCUGCUUCUCGAGGAACCACUGAACCUGUGGCUGAGCUCGAGUCCACCACUGACCCUGCACCCAGUACAUCUCCCUCCUCAGCAGUUGCAAGUACAAAACCAACUGAAAGUGAAAGUGUGGAGACCCAGGUGACUGACAGCAUCAGUGCUGAGACAGCGGAGCCAAUGGAUGUAGACCAUCAAGAGUGUGAUGCUGAAGCUAGUUCUGUUCUUGAUCCCCCAACCACUACCAAAGCAGAUUCUGUGGAUGUUGAAAUGCGGGUGCCCGAAAACUCUGUGUCUAAAGGUGAAGGAGAUACCAAAGAAAGAGACUUGGAGAGAGCAAGUGAGAAGAUUGAGCCUAGAGAUGAAGAUUUGGUGGUAGCUCAGCAGAUAAAUCCCCAAAGGCCUGAGCCCCAGUCAGACAAUGAUUCCAGUGCCACUUGUAGUGCUGAUGAAGAUGUGGAUGGAGAGCCUGAGAGACAGAGAAUGUUUCCUAUGGAUGCAAAGCCUUCAUUGUUAAACCCCACUGGAUCGAUACUAGUCUCAUCCCCAAUUAAACCAAAUCCGUUGGAUCUGCCACAGCUUCAGCAUCGAGCUGCUGUUAUCCCACCAAUGGUUUCCUGCACCCCAUGUAGUAUACCUAUUGGAACUCCUGUGAGUGGCUAUGCUCUCUACCAGCGACACAUUAAGGCAAUGCAUGAGUCAGCACUCCUGGAGGAACAGCGGCAGAGGCAAGAACAGAUAGAUUUGGAAUGUAGAAGUUCUACAAGUCCAUGUGGCACUUCCAAGAGUCCAAACAGAGAGUGGGAAGUCCUCCAACCUGCUCCACAUCAAGUGAUAACUAACCUCCCUGAAGGAGUUCGACUUCCAACAACUCGACCAACCAGGCCACCACCUCCUCUCAUCCCAUCCUCUAAAACCACAGUGGCAUCAGAAAAACCAUCUUUUAUAAUGGGAGGCUCCAUCUCACAGGGAACACCUGGCACUUACUUGACAUCUCAUAAUCAGGCUUCUUAUACUCAAGAAACAGCUAAGCCCUCAGUGGGGUCUAUCUCUCUUGGACUGCCACGGCAGCAGGAAUCUACCAAAUCAGCUACUUUGCCUUAUAUCAAGCAGGAAGAAUUUUCUCCCCGAAGCCAAAACUCACAGCCUGAGGGUUUAUUAGUCAGGGCCCAACAUGAAGGUGUGGUCAGAGGUACCACAGGAGCCAUCCAAGAAGGAAGUAUAACUCGGGGAACUCCAACCAGCAAAAUUUCAGUGGAGAGCAUACCAUCCCUACGGGGCUCUAUCACUCAGGGGACCCCAGCUCUCCCCCAGGCUGGUAUACCAACUGAUGCUUUGGUGAAGGGAUCCAUUUCCAGGAUGCCCAUUGAAGAGAGUAGUCCUGAGAAAGGCAGAGAGGAAGCUGCAUCCAAAGGCCAUGUUAUUUAUGAAGGCAAAAGUGGACAUAUCUUAUCAUAUGAUAAUAUUAAGAAUGUCCGAGAAGGGACCAGGAGUCCAAGAACAGCUCAUGAAAUCAGUUUAAAACGAAGCUAUGAAUCAGUGGAAGGAAAUAUGAAGCAAGGAAUGUCAAUGAGGGACUCUCCUGUGUCAGCACCAUUAGAGGGGCUGAUAUGCCGAGCAUUACCCAGAGGAAGCCCUCAUUCUGACCUCAAAGAAAGAACUGUGCUCUCUGGCUCCAUAAUGCAGGGCACACCAAGAGCAACACCUGAAAGCUUUGAAGAUGGCCUUAAAUAUCCUAAACAGAUUAAAAGAGAAAGUCCUCCCAUCCGAGCAUUUGAAGGUGCCAUUACCAAAGGAAAACCAUAUGAUGGCAUCACCACCAUCAAAGAAAUGGGCCGUUCCAUCCAUGAAAUCCCACGGCAAGAUAUUUUAACUCAGGAAAGCCGAAAAACUCCAGAAGUGGUACAGAACACAAGGCCAAUAAUUGAAGGUUCCAUUUCCCAGGGCACACCAAUAAAGUAUGACAGCAACUCAGGUCAAUCUGCCAUCAAACACAAUGUCAAAUCCUUGAUCACUGGGCCUAGCAAACUACCCCGUGGAAUGCCUCCACUGGAAAUUGUAGCAGAGAACAUAAAAGUGGUAGAACGGGGAAAAUAUGAGGACAUGAAAGCAGGCGAGCCAGUGCGUUCCCGGCACACAUCGGUGGUGAGCUCUGGCCCCUCCGUUCUCAGGUCUACACUUCAUGAAGCUCCCAAAGCACAGCUGAGUCCAGGAAUUUAUGAUGACUCCAGUGCUCGCAGGACUCCUGUGAGUUAUCAAAACACCAUAUCUAGAGGCUCACCCAUGAUGAACAGAACUUCUGAUGUUACAGUUUCUUCUAGCAAGUCUACGAGUCAUGAAAGGAAGUCAACACUGACCCCAACCCAGAGAGAAAAUAUAUCAGCCAAGUCUCCAGUGCCUGGGGUGGAUCCUGUUGUGAGCCACAGCCCAUUUGAUCCCCACCACAGGGGCAGUGCUGCAGGAGAGGUUUAUCGGAGUCACCUUCCCGCGCACUUGGAUCCAGCCAUGCCCUUUCACAGGGCUCUAGAUCCUGCAGCUGCUGCUUACCUGUUUCAGAGACAGCUUUCACCAACUCCAGGCUACCCAAGUCAGUACCAGCUAUACGCAAUGGAGAACACAAGACAGACAAUCCUAAAUGAUUACAUUACUUCACAGCAGAUGCAAGUAAACUUGCGCCCUGAUGUAGCCAGAGGACUCUCCCCACGAGAGCAGCCACUGGGUCUCCCGUACCCAACAACAAGAGGAAUCAUUGACCUGACCAAUAUGCCUCCAACAAUUUUAGUGCCUCAUCCAGGAGGAACAAGCACUCCUCCCAUGGACAGAAUCACUUAUAUUCCUGGUACACAGAUUACUUUCCCUCCCAGGCCAUACAACUCUGCUUCUAUGUCUCCAGGACAUCCAACACACCUUGCAGCAGCUGCAACUGCUGAGAGGGAGCGGGAGAGAGAGAGGGAAAAGGAGCGAGAACGGGAGCGGGAACGGGAACGGAUUGCGGCUUCUUCAGACCUCUACCUGAGGCCAGGCACAGAACAGCCAGGUCGACCUGGUAGUCAUGGAUAUGUUCGUUCCCCUUCUCCCUCAGUAAGAGCUCAGGAGACCAUGUUGCAGCAAAGACCCAGUGUUUUCCAGGGAACCAAUGGAACCAGUGUAAUCACACCUUUGGAUCCAACUGCUCAGCUACGAAUCAUGCCACUGCCUGCUGGGGGCCCUUCAAUAAGCCAAGGCCUGCCAGCCUCCCGUUACAACACUGCUGCGGAUGCCCUGGCUGCUCUUGUGGAUGCUGCAGCUUCUGCACCCCAGAUGGAUGUUUCCAAAACAAAAGAGAGUAAGCAUGAAGCUGCCAGGUUAGAAGAAAAUUUGAGAAGCAGGUCAGCAGCAGUUAGUGAACAGCAGCAGCUAGAGCAGAAAACCCUGGAGGUGGAGAAGAGAUCUGUUCAGUGUCUGUACACUUCUUCAGCCUUUCCAAGUGGCAAGCCCCAGCCUCAUGCCUCAGUAGUGUAUUCUGAGGCUGGGAAAGAUAAAGGGCCUCCUCCAAAAUCCAGAUAUGAGGAAGAGCUAAGGACCAGAGGGAAGACUACCAUUACUGCAGCUAACUUCAUAGACGUGAUCAUCACCCGGCAAAUUGCCUCGGACAAGGAUGCGAGGGAACGUGGCUCUCAAGGUUCAGACUCUUCUAGUAGCUUAUCUUCUCACAGGUAUGAAGCACCCAGUGAUGCUAUUGAGGUGAUUAGUCCUGCCAGUUCACCUGCACCACCCCAGGAUAAACUGCAGGCCUAUCAGCCAGAGAUUGUUAAAGCAAAUCAAGCAGAAAGCGAUCCCAGUAGACAGUAUGAAGGACCUCUGCAUCACUAUCGGCCCCAGCAGGAGUCGCCAUCUCCGCAGCAACAGCAGCAGCCACCCCCACCUUCCUCCCAGGCAGAGGGGAUGGGGCAGGUACCCAGGACCCAUCGGCUAAUCACACUUGCUGAUCACAUCUGUCAAAUUAUCACACAAGAUUUUGCUAGAAAUCAAGUUUCCUCGCAGACUCCCCAGCAGACUCCCACUUCUACAUUCCAAAAUUCACCAACUGCUUUGGCAUCCACACCUGUGAGGAGUAAAACAUCAAGUCGCUACAGCCCAGAAUCCCAGUCUCAAUCUGUUCUCCAUCAGAGACCAGGUUCCAGAGUCUCUCCAGAAAAUCUUGUGGACAAAUCUCGGGGAAGCAGGCCUGGAAAAUCUCCCGAGAGGAGUCACAUCCCUGCAGAACCCUACGAGCCCAUCUCCCCACCCCAGGUUCCGGUUGUGCACGAGAAGCAGGACAGCAUGCUGCUGCUGUCACAAAGGGGUGUGGAGCCUGCAGAGCAGAGGAAUGAUUCUCGCUCACCAGGGAGUAUAAGCUACUUGCCUUCAUUCUUCACCAAGCUUGAAAACACAUCACCCAUGGUGAAAUCAAAGAAGCAAGAGAUUUUUCGUAAGUUGAACUCCUCUGGUGGAGGUGACUCUGAUAUGGCAGCUGCUCAACCAGGAACUGAGAUCUUCAAUCUGCCAGCAGUUACUACAUCAGGCUCAGUUAGCUCUAGAAGCCAUUCUUUUGCUGAUCCUGCCAGUAAUCUGGGUCUGGAAGACAUUAUCAGGAAGGCCCUCAUGGGAAACUUUGAUGACAAAGUUGAAGAUCAUGGAGUUGUCAUACCCCAACCUGUGGGAGUAUUGCCACAGGUAGUGCCUGGUAGUGCCAGCACCUCAGUUGUGACCAGCAGUGAGACACGGAGAGAUGAUGGGGACCCAUCACCCCAUUCGGGAGGAGUUUGCAAACCAAAGUUGAUCAACAAAUCAAACAGCAGGAAAUCUAAAUCUCCUAUUCCUGGGCAAGGCUACUUAGGAAGUGAACGGCCCUCUUCAGUCUCCUCUGUACAUUCAGAAGGGGAUUAUCACAGGCAGACACCAGGGUGGGCCUGGGAAGAUAGGCCUUCUUCAACAGGCUCCACUCAGUUUCCUUAUAACCCCCUAACCAUGCGGAUGCUCAGCAGUACACCACCAACCCCAAUUGCAUGUGCUCCAUCUGCUGUGAACCAAGCGACUCCUCACCAACAGAACCGGAUUUGGGAGCGGGAGCCUGCUCCACUCCUUUCUGCCCAGUAUGAGACACUGUCUGAUAGCGAUGACUAAACUGCACAGAGAAGGGAGCAGGAGCUCUAUU